AUGAUCAACGUUGCCCUGGUGUAUUCAGGCAAGGGUUUCCUAAAAGAUCUUAUUCUAAGGAGGGACGAGGGCUUGCUCAAGACCUUCGCGGGAUUCGGCUCCAACCCGAACUUUCUCGAAGACCUGCACGGCCUCAUCGACCACGAGAGCAAGCGAUUGUAUGAGUCGUUGUUCGUCGGGCUGUCCCUCGCCGAGGGCAAGAGCCUAUCCAAGGCAGAGAGGAGGAGGAAGGGCCUCAUGGACGACAGGGCACUCAUCUACGGAGAGGUGGAUUUCGCGAGCUUCGCAACGAUCCUGCGGGAGAUAGGCGCAUUGACGGAGUCCAAAACUGGGGAGAUUUUCUACGACCUAGGAAGCGGUACUGGAAAAGCGCUGUAUGUGGCCCGUCUAACACAAGAUUUCACUCACUGCGUCGGCAUUGAGAUCCUCCAGCCGUUGCACACUGCGGCGCAGCUCGUCACGAACCGGUUCAACGCCCACGUGAAACGGCUUCUAGACCGACGGUGCCCGCAGAACGCCAGUGUGUUCGCCGGAUCGUUCUUGGAGUACGACUGGUCCGACGGAGACUGCGUGUUUGCCAACAGCACGUGCUUUCCGGAGGACCUCAUGGAUGCACUCGCUCGUCAGGCGGAGGAGCUAAAGCCAGGGUCCAUCGUGGUAACCUUCACGAAGGGGCUAGAUUCCACAGCUUUCGAGGUCCUCAGCAAGAGGCGCUUCGAAAUGAGCUGGGGACCCGCCACGGUGUUUAUCCACCGGCGCCGUCUCGACGGAGAGCCUGCGCCAGGCAGCAAUCGGGACGGUCGCAACCACCUACACAGACUGAUAGCAGCGGGUGAGGCGGAUACCAUAUCAACGACGAGCGGUUCCAACGGCAGCAACACUAGCGUGCUGAAGAGCAACAACAGCGGCAAGUUCAGGCGGGGCACUUCGAUUGGCGAUACCAUGCCCGCUAGCGGUAGCGCCGACCGCGCGGAGAGUACUCUCCCCGCCGCCAGUGGCAGGGAUCGGUAUGAGAACGAAGCUGUCCGAAGCGCAGGGGGCACGAGAGGGGCUGCUGCAGAGGGGCAUACAGAGGGGAGGCGGGGGACGCUGGCAGAGGGGCUUGAGGAGGUAGACGGCGGAGAAGAUGACGACGUUGAGGACGAGGAAGAAACAGAAGAGGAAGAGACGGAAGAGGAGCAGCAAGGACAACGAGGGGACUCCGAGGAUUCAAGCGAGGAGACGGGCUUACUCUUCGACACGGAGCAGCUCCAGGGCAGCAAGGGAGGAGAGGACGGCGGUGUCGCACCCCCUCCCGUUCCCGAAAGGUUGGUGGGCUUCGGCGAGUUGCUGAGACAAGCUGAACACGCGCAGGCGCAGGUGGGGGCGCUGGUGGGGGCGCUGGUGGUCUGA